AUGCGAGUGCAUGCACCUGUGGGGAGUUGGCUGCUGUUCUGGCCUUGCGCGUUUUCUGUAUGUCUUGCUACUCCUGUAACUGAUGCCUCAGCAACAGCAGCAGCAGCAGCUGCUGCUGCUGCACUUCCUUCUGUUGCUUCAUUAAUUGCUGCUGCUCUCUUCACGGCUAAAGCAGCAGACAACCACCAAGACAACAAACAGCAGCAGCAGCAAGAAGAGCAGCAGCAACAACAGCAGCAACAGCAGCAAGCUCAAGAGCAGUACGAUCUGCUGCAGCCGCUGCUUCCCCUUCAACAGCAGCAGCAGCAGCAGCAGCAGCAGCAGCAGCAGCAGCAGCAGCAGCAGCAGCAGCAGCAUGAAGGUUUUGCUGCUGUCUUGGGGCCCUAUGCUUUUAUUAAUCUUCGCUCAGCAGCACAAGGGGGCCCCCCCAAUCCACCUGCUUCUCCUGCAGCAACAGCAGCAGCAGCAGCAGCAGCAGCAGCAGAUCAUACUGAUGAUGCUUUUGCUCUGCUUCCUGAUGCUGCAGCAGACGAUGCAACAGCAACAGCAACAGCAGCAACAGCAACAGCAGCAACAGCAGCAACAGCAGCAGCAGCAGCAACAGCAGCAGCAGCAGCAGCAGGAUCCCGUUGGGGGACGUUGUCAAGCUUGCAGAAGCUGCUGCUGCUAUCUAGGGGGGCCCCCAGACACUCUACGGGGGCCCCUGCUUCACCAGCACCUCCUCCACCAGCUGAAGCAGCACCUGCUGCAGCACCUGGUGCAGGGGCUGCAGGUGCAGCAGCAAAAGCAGGAGCAGCAGCAGCAGCAGCAGCACCUGUCCCUGCUUUUCAGGAGCAGCUGCAGCAGGCGCAGCAGCAGCUGCGGCAGCUGCAGCAGCAACAGCUGCGGCAGCUGCAGCAGCAGCAGCUGCUACUACAUCUCCCUUGCUGCUGA